AUGUUCGCGACAAUCCCACCCGUACAGCCAUCCUCCUUCCAAGGGCCCUGCUCGUACUUCUCUCCCACGCAUUCGUCGCCAUUGUCACCACGCAGCUCGACCCUCGCCGCCUCUCGGCCGAUGGACAGCUUCGCCUCCAUACACCGCGCAAGCGACACCAACCGAGCAGGCUCGGAAACCCACCAGACAUUCAACUUCUCCCUCUUCACCGACAACGGCAGUACCAUCACCAACACCAACAUCAACAACGCCACCACCUCCCCGAACACGCUCUCCUCGCGUUCGCGCAGCUCCCCGAGCUACGCGCAGCGCUACGCGACUAUCUCCAACCCGCUUAGCAAUGCGACGCGCUCAUACAGCACUUCGACGUCGCCGUCGGCGCGCACGGCACGCCGGAACAUGUUUCUCAACCGGAUCAAGCAGGACCGCGACGCGGGGCGGUUCGAGAACCGCGGCGAGCAGAUGAUGAUGAUGGAGUGUGUGGCGGAGCAGAAGCAGUGGGAGGAGCUGAUGCGGCGGCGGGCUGACGGGCUGGUGUGGGGGUAUGCUUUGGAUGAGGAGGUUGGGGAUGGUGAGAUGGAGCGCUUGGAUGAGGUCGAUGUGCAUGCUCUGGACGAGUAUGUUUCUGAGGAGCAGGCGAUGGAGACUGCGCUGCUGGAGAACAUGCCUAUGCAGAUGUACCAGAGUCAGGAGCAAGGACGGGAACAGGGGCAGGCUGGUCGAGCGCCAGCUGGGAAUAUGGCUGGGUUUCAUGAUACUGGCGCAUCGUUUAGUGAUGAGGAGGAGUAUGACGAUAUCUUCAUGGACUUGGCCGACCAGGGGCCACAGGGUCAGGACAUGGACAUGUCGACAUGA